UUUUGAUCUAGUUGAUCCGAAGGAAGGAUUCAAAGUGACGUGCCGCGAAAAGUACGCGAUGUGUCCCGAUCCUCAUGCUCCCUUGAAAUAUAUAGAAGUACGAGUGAUGGUGAGGGAAAUUCGUUGAAGGGGGUAAAAAGGGCUAAAUCUUCUCUGGACAAUUUUUUAAGAUACGGCAUUACUUUAAAUAUUACUAAAGAAGAGCUAUGUUUUAUGGCAGAGAUUAAGUCAUCAUCUUUCUUUUUUCUUUUCAAAAGAACGUAUCAUUUUUAAAGAACGAUACGUCAACGUUGUAGUUAAUUACAGAAGAUUAAUUAGAAAGUUUAGACGUAUCAAGAGUAUGAAGUUAAUCUCGCAUGUCUUUUUGGCAAAUUAAACCUUCCUUUGGAAGGUUGAAAAUCGUUUUUAUAAAAAAAGAAAAAAAAAACAAAGGAAGGAGAACAAAUAAGCGUAUGUGAAAAGUGGCUGAAUAAAGCUGCUGAAAGUCAGCUGACGAUCGAUCGAUCCUCAUAGUAUCUGGUGCAGAAAAUAAUUCAAAACGGCCGUGAAAGUGAUUUUUGAUCGGCUACAUGGAAAGAUGAAAAAAAAAAGGAAAAUGAGUUUUAUUUUCGUCGUUAAUGGUAUACGAGAAAAAAAAAGGAAAAAUAUACUUCGAAGAAAUGUGACCUCGAGAAACACAAAAGAUUAGAAUUCUGAUAUUAACCUUAGAUGUGGAUAUCGAGUAGCAUUAAUGGUCCUUUUGAUAAGUUGAAAGACAUCUGAAUUGUAUGAGAGUGUCUUUAUUGAAAAAAUAUUGUAUAUAAGGGAGAUAUUCCAGAUCUAAGAUCAUCAGUAUCCGAUAGAAAGUAUAAGGAGAAUUAUUACAUUAUGAAGAUCAAAAUUUUCAUCUUGUGCAUGAUCCUACGAAGUCUUUUAGGUCAAGAAGCAAAUCGUAAUUUUUCUUUUGACCGAACAAAAAGAGAUUUAUCAAAAUCAAGAGCCUUCGUCGAUUACGACGAUUUUCCAGAGAAUCAAAAAUCGUUGUAUUAUAAACAAAUGUAUCUGUCUGGUGGAUUGAAUGAAGUAAAACGAAGAAACUUAUUAUAUUCUCAAAGUUUCUGUCCUUGUGAAAGCCAAUAUGAGAUAAAGGAUCUAGGUGAAGGACAUUAUCCUAGACAAUUAACAGUAUCUCAUUGCAAACCUAGAAUAUGUCAGGAUAAAUUUAAUUCGUGUAAAUUGUUAAAAUAUAUGGUACACAUUUUAAGUCAACGAGAUGCAAAUGCUUUGGUAGAAGAUGACAAUAGUUACAUGGACGAAAAUGCACCACUUCCUGAAUCGCUUCGUCAUAAAUGGCAAUUAAAACCGAUGUAUAUUGCAGUUGCUUGCGUGCCCGAAACGGAAGAUAGAGGGAAUUAAAAUAAAAGAAAAAACAGAAAAAAAAAGAAAAAAGAAAGAAA